AGGUGUCAACUGGCCAUUGUUUGCCCAUAGAGUCACACUGAGAGACACGGUCGGGAGGCCUGGCCUCCUGGUCAAUCUCUGCCGUCAGUUCGAAGAGGUCAGUUGCGCUCACAAUGGCGUUGGCUACACAGCUAAUUAUGUUUAUAAUCGCAAUACAAAUGACAACGGGACAGCAGGAUAACAAUGCCGGCAUUGUGAAUACGAUAUUAAGUCAGAUGGAAGGCACCCUGGAGCUUCAUUUGCGUGGCAUGCGGGAUGCGGACAAUAGCUUUGUCCAGUCGCUGUUAAAUCAUAAGCAAUACGCGCUUAGAGUGCAUAUUGGGCAUCAUCCAAAAGCAGUCGCUGGUUGGGAUGCGGAGGCCGGAGCUGUCGUACACCAUUUCUACAUUUAUGAGCAAGUGCGGCAAAUGCAGUCGGACUUGAAACUGUUCACCAAUCAGGGCGGUUUCCAUGUGAUUGCAGUAGAAGGAUUCACAGGCGAGCAGGAGGAGGAAGAUCAGCUUUUGCUGCAGUUCAUGGAGCAGAUUUGGCAACGACGUGGCCACAAUCGUAUCUACUAUGUACAGCUGGCAGUCCAACGAGUCCUGCUCUAUAAUCCCUUUCUGAAGAGUUUGGUGCUCACUGACAAUGCGCAUAGCUUUGAAAACAUUUACUCCAAUCUCUACGGUUAUCCACUGCGCGUCUACAUCUUUGAUUCGGUGUACUCAGCACUCCAAGAGGAUGAGUCCGACGAGCAAGUACUGCGACCAACCGGACCGGAUGCCAUUGUAGCCGAAACUGUUGGCAAGCAUUUGAAUUUUACGCUAAACUAUGCCUGGCCGGAUGGCGAGUUCUUUGGUGGCAAGCAGCCCAAUGGCUCUUAUAGCGGCGGUGUGGGUCGCAUCCAUCGUCACGAGCUGGAUGUGAUAUUUGCCGGGUUUUUCAUCAAGGAUUACUUUUCGCCACGCUUGCAGUUUAGCGCCGCUGUCUACAUGGAUGAUCUGUGUCUCUUUGUGCAGAAGGCACAGCGCAUUCCACAGUCGGUUGUACCGUUAUUUGCCGUCCGUGUGGAUGUCUGGCUGUGCUUCCUCCUCGUGGGAUUUGUCUGCGCCUUCAUUUGGCUCUGUUUGCGCGGCUUGAAUCUCUUCCUGCGAAUUGGACACGGCCAGUUUGAAGCUGGUGGAGUAGUCAACAGUCGUUUGCAUUACUUUUCCAUUGCCUGGCGUAUCUUUAUCGAUACCUGGGUGGUGUGGGUUCGAGUGAAUGUGGGCAAGUUUCCGCCGUAUAAUUCGGAGCGGAUCUUCUUGGCCUCACUGUGCCUGGUUAGCGUCAUCUUUGGUGCACUGCUCGAGUCCAGUUUGGCCACGGCUUACAUACGACCAUUGUACUAUCAGGAUCCAAAUACGCUGGCUGAGCUGGACGCCUCCCAAAUGCCCAUUUACAUCAAGCAUCCGGCAUUCAAAGAUGAUUUGUUCUAUGGCCAUGAUUCGGAGGUUUAUCGGCGCCUGAACGCCAAGAUGCUACUGGUGGGCGAGGGUGAGGAUCGUUUGAUAAGCAUGGUUGCCAAAAAUGGAAGAUUUGCCGGCGUAACCCGCUCCGCUAGCCUGGAGCUGGGCGACAGACGUUACAUUAUGACGCACAAGGUGCACAAGAUACCCCAGUGCCCCAAGACCUACCACAUUGGCUAUGUUCUGCCCAAACCGUCACCCUAUUUGGAUGGCAUUAAUACGGUGCUUUUGCGCAUUUUAGCUGGCGGCCUUUUAGAUCAUUGGAUAAGCGAGAUGAAAGAGCGCGCCAAGUGGAGUAUUCAUCAGUAUCCGGAGUAUUUGGCCGAGCUGGACAUGACCAAGUGGAAGGUGCUGACCCUGAAGGACGUUCAGUUGGCCUUCUAUGCAUUGACAAUUGGCUGCCUGUUGGCCUCACUUGUUUGGCUACUCGAGCUGCUGUUCAAAUAAAGAUUCAAUACUAAAAUUUCCUUGGU